AUGGUUACAGAUGACGACUUUGAUCUCUCGCAGAUCCCUGACACCCGCCGCAGCCAGUCUUCCCCCAGUGCGUCCGUGGCGUCGCUCCCACACGCAGAGCAGCCACCGGCAGCCAAGUCGCGCAAGCGCAAGAUGAAGACAACGACAACGCGUGCCAACAGCAAGAAGAAGCGCACAGCGGACCACAGCAUAGACAACGACGACAACGACGCAGAGCCGCGUAGCGAGCACACGCCAGAGCCCGAGCCACAGGAUGAACAGACUAGGCUGGCCGAGGAAAUCCUGAUGCGCGAGGAGAGGCGGCGGAUCAGAGAGAAGGAGCCUGAAAUGUUUGGAGACUAUGCUAUGAGCGAUGACAGCGAGCUGGACGCCAAGCCACACGCCCACCCUGGUCUUGCUGGCAUCGCCGACGUUAGAGAUGAAGUCGAACAUGAGAGGAGAGUGGAAGCUGACAGCGAGAUGGAAGAGCGCGAAGUCACGGAGCCUGAACCUGCACCUGUCGAUCCUAAGCCAGAAGACAUGUCAGUGCUGGCAUCUACCUCAAUCAACAGUGUCUUUGACGACGAGCAUGUGCAGUCUCUCGUCGAGGAAACACCCGUCGUGAAGCAGCGCAAGCGGAAACAUCAGCAAGCAGGUUCGCCGGAGUCUACAAAGAAGCAAAAAUCAAGCAAAAACCGCAAAAUGGAUACGCCACCCACUUCCCCAUCCCCUGCACCAGAUGAUAUCACCAUCGAUAAUGCCACCGGUGAUGCUGUUCCGGAACACCCGGCAUCAAAUGAUGUCUCAAAGACGAUUCGGCGUCAAAGUAGCAUGCAAGACUAUGCCCAGCCUUUCGCCAAAAGUUCUGCCCUUCGCCAUCCCGUGUACAAUCCCAGGUCACCAGAAGACAGUCGGUCGAACCAGGGUGUCGAGGUCGUGAUUCCCAUGUCUACCGCAAGUCCUUCUACUGCUCGCUACGAAAACGAUCAAAACGCCGAGCCACAGCCCAGCUCGUCACGACGGCCCUCUUCAGGGUUGAAAAGACGUACGAAGCCUAUUGACACGCCUGCCAUGAACGGUGCGUCGCAAGGUCGCCAUAGUCCGUGGGAUGUGGAGGCCCAGCCGGAUCCGCCGGGUUCAUCAGGUAUUGCCAAAACUAUCGCAAAGCGAACUUUGCAGCAGGAAAACGACUCAGAAUCUGAUUAUGGUCAACUGAAUGAAGAAUCAACUGAAAGCAUGCGGAAUGUCAAGGAACAGCAGAAGAGAGCGGUGAAAGGGAAAGGAAAGGAGCCUGCCAACCUCUCAAGAUCACGGUCAUCUACGCCCAGGGCUCCCAAAGGGCCAUAUACGCAUCGUUGCCCGAUUUGCAGCAGUCUCUUUCCGACCGAGGCCCUACUUGAAAAGCACCGCCAGGACCCAACUACCCACGAUGAUCUGAUCGAUUGCAGACAUUGUGAAAAACAGUUCGCCACGAGAGCUGGCUUAGCACGCCACCAAAAAGCGCAAGGUCACGGGACUGGCAACGGUCUGCAGGGCAAGACAGGGCGUUUCUCGGCCGAGGAAGAGGAUAGAAUCGAACGCUGGCGUGAUCAAUUCUGCAACGAUUAUGGGCUUAAUCAUUACGAGUUCAACGAAAUCAUGACGGCUUCGGGAAAACAAGGCAAUGCAACAUGGCCUUACAAAUUCAUUUCGAGGAAAGAGUUUACGAAGGACUAUUAUGAUGUGCUGCCGGAACGCAAUGUUCGGAGUAUGCGACGCUACAGGGAGAGGUUUCAAAAUGUGGACCGGAGCCGUGAGUUCACCGCUGAUGACGAUGCAGAAAUUAUUAGUCUUGUUGCGCAGCUCGGCCAGAAAUGGAACGAAAUUGGUGACCAGCUUACUCGAGACCCCGAGAUCCUGCGGCAGCGCUGGAAGAACAAGCUGCGGUUCGGUGGCAAAGGGAAGACGUUGAAGACCGGAACUUGGGACGCUGAGGAGCAUGCGCGCUUCAAAGAUGCAAUCAAAGAAAUGCGCAGAAUAACAAUCUCAGCUGGCAUCGAGGAUGUCGACUCUUUCAACUGGGGCGCCGUCAGUGGAAGAGUGAAAAGUCGAUCUGCACAACAAUGUGCCAACCAUUGGCGUGCGAUGCACGGCAAGAGCGUCAACGGCGUAUGGGUUGACUCUGGUCUGUCGCGCGUCAUGAGGGAACAACAGCCUUCAAAGAUGGAAAAGCGUCUGGCUGGCGCCAAUCUCUCCAAGGCGCGCAUAGAAGACUCGGACGAGGAGGCUACUCCAGAGAGGGAAAAGGCCGAACAGAGCGAUGUUCCCUCCGACGAGGACUCUGAUGACAAGCCCGACGAUUCGGAAGAUGAUGCUGCCAGAAGUGAGUCCGAAGGCCAAGAGAGCGGCGAGCAGGAGGUUUCGGACAAGAAGAAGACUCCACGUCGUCAGCGCAAGCCCGUCAUACAACAGGACAAGACUCCUGGAAACAGACUCACCGCCAGUCAAGUGUUUGAGCAGACACAGGCGAAUACGUCGACGAUCAAGAAUUCGCAGAUGCGCGGCAAAACGUCCCAAACGCAACCUUCGCCGGGUAUCGCAUUGCAAGUGCGACCCGAUAGCAGCCCUGAGCUUGGUAGGAAGCUUAAAGAGAUGCUUGCCCAGCCAGCACCUACUUCCGGAGAGGAUGACUCUGAAGACUACGAAGUCGAUGAAAAUCAGGAAGAGACUACAUCCAACGCCGACGCAGAAGGUCCAGAAGAAGACGCAGACGAUGAAUCAGAGGCACAGGAAGCUUCCACAGCCGACGCCGACAGCGCGACUGGGUCUCGUUCUGAAGAUGAAGGAGAGUCUGACCCUGACGAUAGCGACUCCAUCGAAGCCGAGCAGUCGACAACUCAUGCAUUCGCAGCUGUCAAUGGUCACAAGCAGGAUGACGCUGGAAGCGACGAUGUAAAAUCUGAUGCGCAGCGCAUUACCAACAUCUUUAAGAACGCAGCAUCGCCGAACACAAAGGUGUACAGCCGCAAGAAGCGAGAGGCGAAAAAAGCAAAGGACUUCAGAUGGCCAGAGGAACAGGAUGAGGAUAGCGGUAGUGAUGGACUCGGUGUUGAUAACCUGCCGCGCUGA